AACCUUGAGCCUUACAAUCUAGUUCUGUACUGACGUUGCAACAGCGUGAAUAAGGCUGACGUCCAUACAGAAGUUUCGAAACAUUUUUGGCAGUGCACAUGGCACAUGGUUUGUUCUUAUGUGGUGUUCAAGAAAGUUGGGAAUACUUUGUGAUUGUGUUCAUAAAAUUGGCAAUAGUUACAUUACAGAUGUAAACAGAUUGGAGUAAUACUCUUUCCACUUAUUAUAGAAACCGGAAAAUUCCGGAUUUCGUUAGUAAAUCGCCAAACCUGUUGGACAUACGGGAUUGAGGGGCCCCCAUACGGCAGGAGGAGACUUAUCUGCGCCAUUUUGCCACGGAUUUGGCAGAGAUCUUUUGGAAUCUACCUCGAAAUAUUGUUGGGAACUAUUUCCCGAAGGAGGAAGGACAAUUAGUUUAAGAUGUCUUCCUCGUACAAUAAUUCUGAAGAAAGUUCAUCCGACCGAAAUGUCGAAAUCUGGAAAAUCAAGAAGCUCAUCAAGAGCCUGGAAAUGGCAAGAGGGAAUGGUACGAGCAUGAUUUCCCUGAUCAUUCCACCAAAGGACCAGAUCUCUCGGGUGAGCAAAAUGCUGGCUGAUGAAUUUGGGACAGCAUCAAACAUCAAGUCUAGAGUGAACAGGCUCUCAGUAUUAGGUGCAAUUACAUCUGUACAACACAGAUUGAAACUUUAUACCAAGGUGCCCCCAAAUGGACUAGUAAUUUACUGUGGAACGAUCGUGACAGACGAAGGCAAAGAGAAGAAGGUUAACAUCGAUUUUGAACCAUUCAAACCUAUCAAUACAUCUUUGUAUCUAUGUGACAAUAAGUUUCACACAGAGGCCUUGACAGCGCUGUUAGCAGAUGACAACAAGUUUGGGUUUAUAGUGAUGGAUGGAAAUGGGGCUCUGUUUGGCACUCUGCAGGGCAACACCCGGGAAGUGCUGCACAAGUUCACAGUGGACCUGCCAAAGAAGCACGGUAGAGGAGGUCAGUCUGCUCUCCGAUUUGCGCGACUUAGAAUGGAGAAAAGACACAACUAUGUCCGGAAGGUAGCUGAAGUGGCGACAACACUUUUCAUCACAAAUGACAAACCAAACAUUGCUGGCAUCAUCCUUGCUGGUAGCGCAGACUUCAAGACAGAACUAAGCCAGUCAGACAUGUUUGAUCCGCGGUUGCAAGCCAAGAUCAUCAAACUAGUGGAUGUGUCUUAUGGGGGAGAGAAUGGCUUUAACCAGGCUAUCGAGUUGGCAGCCGAGUCCCUACAGAAUGUGAAGUUCAUUCAAGAAAAGAAACUAAUAGGGCGCUAUUUUGAUGAGAUUAGCCAGGACACUGGGAAGUACUGUUUUGGGGUUGAAGAUACGCUGCGUGCACUGGAGUUGGGGUCCGUGGAGACGCUCAUUUGUUGGGAGAAUCUAGACAUCCAGCGCUACGUGCUCAAGAACCAUGCGACGGCUGAGGAGAAGAUCCUGCAUCUUACGCCUGAGCAGGAAAAGGACAAGACACAUUUCACAGAUAAGGAGAGUGGGGUAGAACUGGAAUUAGUGGAAUGCCAGCCACUUUUAGAAUGGCUUGCCAACAACUAUAAGAGCUUUGGAGCUACACUUGAGAUAAUCACAGACAAGUCUCAAGAGGGGUCACAAUUUGUAAGAGGCUUCGGAGGAAUAGGAGGCAUCCUACGCUACAAAGUUGACUUCCAGUCGCUCCAAGCGGACGAACCUCUGGACGAUGUCGACCUUGAUGAUUACUAAGGUCGCUCGCUCCACUCGGUUUGCCUCUUCAUCAGGACUGCUGCGCUACAAAGUGGACUUCCAGAGCAUGCAGUGUGACGAGUUUGAAGAUGAUCUAUAUGACAUCGACGACUAUUAGGAAUCAAAUAUAGGCUAAAGCAGUGCCUGGCACAUGCUCCUCAGUAUUUCUAUUUAUAUAAUGGGAGCAUGGACCAGGUGCCUUGACAUCUGAUCACGGGAAGGAUGGUUGAACCUUGAUAAUUUGAGGACGAAAUCGCAUAAAGUUGAUAUCAUUCCUCAUGACAAAACAGGAACAGAAUUUGGCAGGAACCGAAUCAUUGAGGUUUGACUGUAGAGGAUAUCUGUCGUUGGAAGUCAACCCCAGGCAGUUUCACAGUUUUAGAUUCUGCAGCAAAAUCUUAUUUUUUAUCCGUACAGUUGAGCCUCUAGCUUUAUGUCAUGAAAUUUAAUUUUGUUCACCUGAUUUACUUUAUUUUUCAUACUGUGUUUAAGUCGGUUUAAUUUUUGGAUUACAAUAAUGACAUUUAAAUAUGUUUUGUAUUUACAGAAAGAAAGGGAAAGAAAGUUACAAGAACUGUUCCGAGCGUUUUGUUUGUCGUAUUUACAUUUCCAGGAAGCGAUAUUUAUGCAUUUUACGUAGUCACACUAUGCAUGAAGGAUGGUCUCAUUCCUGCAUCUUACUGUAGACAAGCAACUUUAGAGUCUGAAGCAUAAUUUUUGUUCCUUCCUCACCUGGUCACUUGCUACUGCACUUCAUGGAAAUAUUUUGGCAGCCCUUAAGCUUAGUUCUGAUGUGUGCUCAAGUCAGUAGACAGGGGACAAGUUGCUGUCGAUGAAUGGUUCUCUUGAUAUUAAAGUCUGCUUAAGAAAACCGUAUAUUCUGUUGUCUGCCUUCUUGUUAAGCCACUGUUGCAUGGGACUUAACCAUGGUGAGUCCUUUGUGACACUGGCUUAGUUUCUUCGUAGCAACAACAUGUGAGUAUCAUUUCAUCCAUCCAGCAAACUCAUAAGCAAGUUGAGGCAUAGGCAUUUUGGGCAUAUCUUAUGUUCCAAGAUUCACAUUUACAUUCAGAAUUAGUUAUGAUACAUGUCUGAGUACUUCUGUUUGUUUUUCACAGUCAUGAAGGUAAUUUAAUUACCUUGAUUCAUCUCAUUAUCCUGAUUAAUGGUAGGCAUGUGUCUAUGAAUUUACUUUUUCCGAAAGUUCGUUCGUGAUUUUUUUAUGCAGAUUCCUCCUAGGCGAGUAUUGUGAUAGAACCUUACAAAUGUUUCUACAUUCUGCCUUACAUGUUAUUCAUGCAUCCUUCAUAUCUUCUUUGACCGUGCAUGACCUCGGAAGUUGCUACAGUGUUGCGAGGUGAUAAAAUAGCCUGUCUAGAUCUUGGGUGCGUUGAACAGGAAAUCUUGCUCUGUAAUCUGCCUAUCGCUCAUAUUGUUGACGCAUCUCAAAAAGUAAUUGGCUUUAUCAGUUUUGAAAAUGUUUGUAUUUUUGUUGCCAGUUGUGCUGCAGCAUAUUUUAAACCUGUCCAUUUUGGGGAUUUCGAUCGCCCGGUGCUUGAAUGCGCGUCGAUGCCUGUGAUUAGCUUUGCGACGGUAGAUUUGUAUCUUCAGUACUUCCACAUCAAAAGCAGUGGUGUUUAUGUUACUAAGUCUUUUGAGCUUAAUAUUUUUCUAAACAGGUAUUUUUGUACAGAAAAUAGUCUACAAAAUUAAAUUUUUUGAAGUUUGUGUCAGGUGUGAUAUGUCGGCUGCGGAGGCGAGUUGGUGCCGAGUCAGGUAUGAAGUGCGUCUGCGGCAUUUUUAUGUUGAUACCCAAAACCUUGUUAUUGACUGAAUUAUGAAACACGCCUAAUGAGUUGAACUUUUCCUUGUUGAAGGAAAUUGUAAUUUAUUUUCAGACCAAGAAAGUUUCAUGUAAGGAACAUGUAUUCAUGGAAGUGGAAUAGUUAAUAAGUAACUGAAGAUGUAUUAAUGGAAUAAACACUCCACUCCUUCAUGUGCAACACUUUCGCUCUGAAAAUAAAUUAGUUUGCACCAUGAAGUUGAGAUCUCAGAUUUAUUUGGAAUUAACAUAUGGAAGUUCAGAAAACAGUUCAUAGGAUGUCGUGAUAAAAUUAAUUUACCGUGAUUGUGCUGCAUUCUUAGACAAAUAAUGUACUCGUUAAUGGUGAUAAGUGAGUGAACAAUUUGGGAACUGGUUAACUCAAGUACAGAAAACAAGAGAAAAUGUUGUGGGACAUGUCAGGAUAGAGAUGUACCAUGCAUUAACUUCUCAAUUUGACCUCUGGGGUCCGGGGCCCACUUAUUGUAGUUAUGUAUACUGGCGGUAGGUCAACUGCGUGAAGAUCAAGGUAAUCCAUUCGUAUUGUUUAGCCUACAUUAAUGAAUAGAUACGUCAUUUAUCAGUAGGUCUACAAAAGAAAUGACGCUCAAAAAUACGUGCAGAACAAUUCAGUUAAGUGUUAUAUGUGGCUGAUGCAAUGUUAUGGCUGUCUUGUAGUCCGCUAAUUUAUUUUAUCAUCUAAGGAUACAUACAAGACAGUGGUGCUGUUACAAAUAAAUGGGCAUUUUAAUUGGCAUGGGCAUUAUUUGAUUUUCUCAACAAUUUUAGAAAAAACAACCAGAUAUAAUGGCUUAUAAAAAUAUAUCUGCUGCGCAUACUGAUUGACGAAUUAGUAACUCAUUGCUUUUAUUUUGUUGAAUUGUGCCUAAAAUGUUACAUGCCAAGGGAAAAUAUGCACCUAGAAAGGGUUAUGUCGUCUUGGAAAAUUAUGUCGGCUUUUCUAUAUUAAUGAAAACAUGACUUCAGUUUCAUUGAUAGUGAUUAUGAAAUAAGUAAUGUUGGUGGGAGGAAGAGUGGCACAAAGCCCAACUAUUCCAUCACGUAAUAUCGUACAUAAAGUAACUGUACCGUCAAGUUUUGAUUUGAGAACUAUUGCUGUUGAAUGUUAUCAUCUCUUUUGUCUUGGACCUGAAUUUUGUGAAUUCAGAGUGACGAGGUAAAUUGAAAAAAGAAGAUUAUCAGUGUUAGGCAACAUCAGUUAGGUGCAUCCUCCAUCGCGUACCCAAUACCACUGUAGCUGUCAAAGGAACAUAAUUUUGAUCCUGUGAAGUCAAUAAGUUUGGACUGACGGUGGUCUGUAUAAAACAUAAACCAUACACUAAUAAAAUAAAAAUAAAAUUGA